GCGAGGGAGGGAGAGAGAGAGGGAGGGAGAGGGAGAGAGAGUAUAGAUUGUGUAUUAAUGUUCAGCGCAGCGUUGGACUGAGGUUCUGCUGUUCAGAGCAGGUCUCUGUGCACCCAAACCCGUGUACCUUGAGAAAGAGCAGCCAGGAACUACUCUAAAGAUUUUUCUUUUUCACUUUACAUUCCUGUUGUCAAUGGUCUUAACUUAAUGUAUUUGUGGACUGCACAUGGUGUUUCACCACGAUCCCCCCCUUCUUGUGUAGUGGACUCGGAUCGGAAGUAGGUUUGCUCGAGCCACCCCCUUGUUCUGGGAGGGGAGGGGUUAACGGGCUCCAAUGAGGGUGGGCUGCCUCUCCUUCCGCCAGCCCUACGCUGGUCUCAUCCUCAACAGCGUGAAGACGGUGGAGACUCGCUGGAGGCCUCUGCUGGCAGAGCUGCACCACUGCACCCUGGCUAUCCACGUCGCUUACAAGGACUGGGAAGGCUCGGAUUGGAAAGACAUCCUCACUCACACAGUGGGGAUGACCCCGCACCAGAUACAGACGCUGGUGCAGGAGGGGGAGCGGUUCGGCAGAGGAGCAAUUGUCGGAUUAGUUGAUGUUGGCGAUACCUGGCAAUGCCCCAGUGGUGCUGACCCGGAGGAAGUGAAGGAGCUGGAGAAAAGAGCUAUUCUGCGUGGGCUGGAGCAGAAGUUUCUCACCAACUUGUCCAAUCCAAGGUGGCUGCGGGAACCAAUACCAGCCAAAGGACACAAGGAUGUGUGGAUGGUGGACAUCCCUGAUGAACUGAUCCCCUGACCAUCUCUGGCAGCAAGUGGCAUCUCGACUGAGAUGUGGUGUGGGGGGGGGGGGGGGGAGAAACAUGUCAACAUCCUGCGCUGAGUUACUGGUUAUUAGUGUUUGGUUUAAUAUUGUCAGUGCAUUACAGAGUUUAGAGUCCA